CACCAGUGAAUUGUAGAGAACAGCUGCGCUUGGGUGCAAUGAAGCAGCCCCCCUGUCGGACGGCCACUAUGGGCUGGGAUUUACUCUUCUUGGUUCUUGUCAUCAGCUCUCAUACAGGGAAUUCAAUACCAUCUAUUCCAGGUGUACAAGACAGACUAAUUAUUAGUUCCAAUGAAGAACUUAACUUAGUCUGUAAAGAUUCUCAGCUGGUGAGCUGGAGUUAUCAAAAGCCUGGUCCAUCAAAGAGGCCCAAAGCUUUGAAAGGUGAGCCGUAUAAUGGCAGUAAAACUGAUCGAAUAUGCUCUGUCAAGAAAGCAGAACGUAAACAUACUGGAAGGUAUACCUGCACCAACACCGUUACUAAGGAGAGCAUCUCUGUACAUGUGUUUGUUAAGGAUGCCAAGACACCAUUCAUGGACAGUACCUACUUUGAUGGAGUAUUAGGAGGUGACGCCGUUGGGAUUUGUGCACUCUCAGAUCCAGAUGUUGAGGAUUUUAUUAUUAAGAAGUGUGAUAACUCUCCUUUACCUAAGAAUUUCAACUACACUGCAGACAUUGAGAACGGAAUUACUAUAAAACAUCUGCAGGUGUAUUUCAAGGGUUGUUACAAGUGCUCUGCAAAGAAAAAUGGAGUUGUGAAGACCUCAACUCCCAUCAGUUUGAACAUUGCACCAGUCCCCACAAAGCCACCUACUUUAUACCUGACAAAAUCCAGACUACUUGUCAAGACAGGAGAACCAUUUGAAGUUACCUGUGCAGUAUGGGAUGUAUUUAGCUUUGUGCAAGCCCACUGGGCUAAUUCACAGAAUAUGGUUGUCAAUGAACGGAUCACAAUGUUUCCUGAUUAUUCCUAUGAAAAAAAUUUAACUUUAAGCAGUAAUGCAGUUCAGUUUAACGAGUCUGGAACAUACACCUGCCGUGCAUGGAACGCUGUUGGAGCAGUGAAUGUCACAUUCACAUUAGAUAUUAUAGAUAUGGGAUACAUCAACUUGACUGUAACGGAGAACACCACUGUAGAUGUAAUAGCUGGAGAGAGCCUUGAACUUACGGUCUAUGUAGAUGCCUAUCCCAGGCCUGAUGAAGAAUUCUGGACAUAUAUGAAUGAAACACUAUUAAACACAUCAGACCAUUUUGUAGAGUCUCGAGUUGAGGGUGACAACAGGUAUGUUAGUGAGCUGCAUCUAAUCCGAUUAAAAGGAGCAGAGAAAGGCAGUUACACGUUUUACGUUUCCCAUUCGGAUGCCAAUGCUUCAGUAACUUUCAACGUGUUUGUAAAAACAAGACCAGAAAUUCUCAUUGCUGAAAGGAUUAGCAAUGGUAUGUUGCAGUGUGUAGCCGCCGGGUUCCCAGCACCAACAAUUGAGUGGUUCUUCUGUCCGGGAAGUGAGCAAAGGUGUACAGACUCACCACCAAUUUCACCAGCGGAUGUCAAGUUUAGCCAAGAAAAUUCAUCACUUGGGCGCAUAGUGGUAGAAAGUACCAUUGAUGUUAGUGGCAUCAAGAAGAAUGGCACAGUGCAGUGUAUCGCUUCCAAUGAGGUGGAAAGAAGUUCUUCUGUUUUCAGUUUUGCUAUUAAAGAGAGACUCCGCUCCCAUUCUCUGUUCACGCCUCUGCUGAUCGGGUUUAUUGUAGCCGCUGGCUUGAUGGGCAUUCUUGUUGCUGUGCUCAUUUACAAAUAUAUGCAGAAACCAAAAUAUGAAAUCCAGUGGAAAGUGGUGGAAGAGAUAAAUGGAAACAAUUAUGUUUAUAUUGAUCCGACACAACUUCCAUAUGACAACAAAUGGGAAUUCCCAAGGGACAAACUCUGUUUCGGUAAAAUUCUUGGUGCUGGAGCAUUUGGAAAAGUUGUUGAAGCUACUGCUUAUGGCCUCUUUAAAUCAGACAGCACAUUAACAGUUGCUGUAAAGAUGCUAAAGCCCAGUGCCCAUUCAACAGAAAGAGAAGCCCUUAUGUCGGAACUAAAGGUUUUAAGCUACCUUGGUCAUCACAAAAACAUUGUGAAUCUUCUGGGAGCUUGCACUAUUGGAGGUCCUACAUUAGUCAUCACUGAGUAUUGCUGUUAUGGAGACCUUCUAAAUUAUCUGAGAAGAAAGCGCGAUUCGUUUAUUUGCCCGAAAUUUGAAGAUCAUUCAGAAACUGCACUGUACAAAAAUCUUCUUAAUUCAAGAGAUCUUGCUUGUGAUGCCAUGAGUGAGUACAUGGAUAUGAAGCCAGGGGUGCCGUAUGUUGUUCCAACAAAGAACGACAAAAGAAGAUCAGGCUCGUAUGUUGAUCAGGACGUCACCAUCGCAAUGCCAGAGGAGGACGAUUUAGCAUUAGAUACAGAAGAUCUGAUAAGCUUCUCUUACCAAGUUGCACAGGGCAUGAAGUUUCUCUCUGCUAAAAAUUGCAUUCACAGAGACCUGGCAGCUCGGAAUAUUCUUCUCACUCAUGGUCGAAUAACGAAAAUCUGUGACUUUGGCCUGGCUAGAGAUAUCAGGAAUGACUCAAAUUAUGUUGUCAAGGGAAAUGCUCGAUUACCAGUGAAGUGGAUGGCUCCGGAAAGCAUCUUUCAUUGCGUGUACACAUUUGAAAGUGAUGUCUGGUCUUAUGGAAUUCUCCUCUGGGAAAUCUUUUCACUAGGAAGUAGCCCCUAUCCGCAUAUACCCGUGGACUCCAAAUUCUACAAAAUGAUCAAAGAUGGAUAUAGAAUGGCAAGUCCAGACUGUGCACCAGCUGAAUUGUAUGAAAUAAUGAAAAGCUGUUGGAAUGCAGAUCCACUGAAGCGGCCGACCUUUAAACAAAUUGUACAGAUGGUGGAACAGCAGCUCUCAGAUAGCAAAUUACAUCAGUCAUUUGCAAAUACGUCUCCAGUGAUUAUCAACCAAGCGCCAGUGGAUCAUUCUGUGAGAAUAAAUUCAGUUGGCAGCAGCACAUCAUCCACACAACCAUUACUAACUCAUGGUGAACACUGAAGCUUCAGGAACAAUAUGGAUACUGAAAGUGCAUGAACAAAACUCAGAGCAGAACACAUCACAUAUCUUACUGGUCUAGACUGCUUGUGAAUUUGUCCUUCUGCAGAUUCUAUGAUCUCUAACUGAGUCAAUGAAAAUACAAACGGAGCCACCAAAGUACAUAUAGAUCCUACUUCCCAAGGGAAACAGAACCUUAUCUGCCAGUGGGACACCUGACGAACUGGACUAAUGACAAGCAGAUCCCACUUGGUAGUUACAUUGAUGCCAUUCUGUUAAAUUUCACCACCAUUGUCUCUGAUAUCAUUUUUUUUUUAAUAGAAUAUUUUUGGUAUUUAAAAAUCAUUACUAUAAAAACAGGAGGUUUAGUCCUGCACAGUAAGUGAUAUAAAUGUUUCAGGUAUUCUAUGGAAAUGUCUGCAGAGACGAGAUACAGCAUUUUAUCUUUACUUUUGCACCCUGAUGAAUAUUAUUCAAUAGAUUUAUACUACUGACUGAAAUAUUGAAACAAUAGUUCUAUAAAAUUCUCUCUCUAGAAUCUGGUACUGGUUUUUGUCACUGUUUUGCAUGCAUUGACAUUAUCAUGGGACCAUGUUUUUUUACUACAGCCAUUCCAUGUAUAUAUUUCAGACAUGCACGCCUAGAUACCCAGCUAGAUUUAUAGUUCAUUAUUGACUGCUCUUCUAUAGGCUGUUUAGGCAUAUAUUUAUUUUCAAUUCUUAGGCACUUAAUAAUAGUUUUAAUUAAUAAACUAGAUUUUUGGAAAAGCUUUAAUAGCAGAGCGUUGCCAAGUCAUACAUAAUCAUGUUAUAUACAAAGUCAAGGAUAUUAACCCUUUGACUGUCAAUAAGACCUGCAGUGAAAUAUAUUGCAGGACUCUUGAACAGCCAUGGGGCUAAACCUUGGUUUUGGAAUGUUUAACUCUAUAGUUGUGAUUCUCAACCUACCUCACUUACUGUAAACACUGUGUUUUUUCCAUUUUCUUAAAUAAUUUAUUUAUUUGGUACACCAGGGUCUCCCUUUAAUAUUCAAUAAUAUAUACAACAUCUUGAUGUCUAUCGAAAGAAAUUCAUUUUGUGUAAAAGUUGUUAAAAAACAAAAUAUUAUUGGUGAUAUCAUCAAUGAGCAUUCAGGGUUAUUUUUCCACAGGUUCCUGUUUUAUCCUAGGCUAAAAUGUACAUCUGUAAAUAGGGAACAAACUUUUGAAUAUACAUAUUAUAAUAAUAUAGUGAUCUGUGCAUGUGUCCCUUACUGAUGGUAUUACCUGACACACAUUUAGAGCCCGGUGGUAUUAUAUUUAUAAACAUCACUAACCAAGUUUACAACUGCACUAUAUUCUGACCUUUAUAUAGGGUUGGUAUGUUCUUGAAUUCUGGUUGAGAAUCAUCGUUCUAGAACACAACAUUAUUCCAAUUUUAUAUUUGCACUGGAUUUGUCUAAUCUGUUAAUGCUCGGCUUGUGGUUGAGCUAUCGCUCCGUCUAUCUAUUGAAUGAGUAAGCAUUGCAUUGAAAGGAUAAAGUAAAAAAUACACUCUAUGAUGUUAGAUGCUGUUACAUAAACAAAGACUUGGAGGUACAUUAGGGGCACUUAGUUGGACACUUUUAUUUUAAUGGUAUUAAGAUGUUAUAUUUUUGUAUAUUUUUAUUGGCAACUGUUAUUUCACUGUGACUGGAUGUUUAAAUUUUUUUUUUCAUGUCAUAUUUUUUGUAAAUAUUUAAAAUGUAGAAAUAAUUUCUUUGCAAAAUUCACUGUCCCUGAUACUCCAAAGAAUUUUUUUUCUGUAUGUUUGUAAAUAUGUGUUAUACCUGUUUAAAGUUUGUUAAACAUUUUUUGGGACAUUUCCUGAUUAUUAGAUUUCAAAAUAGUUCCAGAAAAUAAAGGUUAAUUUGUGUUAUUGAAACAAA